AUGCCUCCCAAAAGAAAGUCAGCAAGACAAGACGACGGGCCUACAGGCGCCAAAAGACCACGUCAUGCGAGAGGGCCUGGCACUUCGCAGCCUCCAAGAGCUCCGGCCGUCCAUGCGGCAACGACUAGGGUGACUAGAUCUCAGACCCUGGCUGCUGCUGCUGCUGCUGCUGCCGCCCCCGCUGCCCCGACUGAGGCUUUUGCGCUGACUCAGGGGAGUGAAAAGGAAGAGGAGAGGCAGCAGGGGUCAGGCGAGGAUGACCAAGCUCGUGAGCCUGAAAAUACUGCCAAUCAGCCUCCGCCUGCCCCUCCGCCUCAGCAAGCUGCAUCUGCCAGGCCCAAAGCAGCCAGGAAGCCUCCAACUCCAGCUCGUGCCCUCAAGAAACCUCCACGCCAAACAGAAGGCGGAGAAGACGAGACGUUGACUGAAACCGACAAGUCAUCAGCAGACAACAAAAAGACCAAACUGCCUACUGACUUGGACGACCCUAGUUCAGACGACGGCGAAGCAGUCACAACCCUAGCCAAAGCCGAGCUAAUCCUAAGGGGAGCGCGCAAAGAAACAUACCUAGCCCACCUCGAAGUGGUCUCGGGUGAACUCAGCAGUCGCUUAGGCUACCGCCUCAACUUCUUCCUCUCCACCGACAGCAGAGUCUUCGAGCACGUAGGCGACAUCCAUUCCUGGCGCAUCGACAAGCCAAAGUCCAACGAACGCAUAAAGCCUGCUUUCCAAAAAGACUACAUGGAAGCAGACUUCACCCCCGGAAUCAACGAUCUCGACAUCGAUGGUCGAGUCAAGGAGAACGCGGUGUGCAUGCAGGCCAUUUACAAACUAGACGGCACGCUUCGGAAGGAAUUCAAAGGCUUCGAGCAGAGGCUGUGGGAGAACAAGCUGAUGUUUGUCGAAUUGGUGGAGAUAUUCGAUGGCUUUCGGCAGCGAGGGUUGGCGGGAAGAAUGCUCGCGAUGUACCACACCUUACUGCGUUCCCCUGAUUUGCCGGAAUGGUAUCAGUUCGCCGGCACCAUUAUUCUCGUGCCGAGUCCGCCGAGUGUCGAGGAUCUAGCUGGCUGGGGAAGAUUAGAUCUGGAUGCGGUUCAGGAGAUUUUGGUCCACAUGUAUAGGAAGAGUGGGGAUGAGGUCUGA